AUGGGUAUCCUGGAAAACCAUGUUCCCUCUAUCGAGGCUCUGCGUCCUGGUUUGAUCGAGGUUGUUGAGUCAGGAAACGCUUCCAAGAAGUGGUUUGGUCGCCCGGAUGAUACUCCCCAGAAACUCCCGACACAGACGUCAGACUGCGUCAACUCUGCCAGACCUGACUUUGAGCUUGACUCUCGGCAAGUGCCGGUAGAUCCAUCCUCCACAUCGCCGGCACACUGUCAUGUCCAUAACUACGACAACACCACCGUCACCACCCAUGUUCCCCGCAUCCACUCAAUGCUAAACCCGACCCGAAUGACGCUGAGCAUGGAGAAGUAUCAGCAUGAUGGAAAGAUGAACAUCAAGUUCUUCCCCUCCCUACGACGCUUAGUUGGGUUGUCCUGCUCCAAGGCGGGGUUGUGCGGUGUCACCCUCCCUUCCUUCACCUCCAUUUCCAGUGCGCAACAUGUCGUACCGCCAUUGAUGCCCACCGUUUCUGCUUCGUGUACACCAAACACCAUCGACGCCAAUGCUGUUGAUAACCCAUGCGUCCGCCCACAUGUACACGACGCCAACCUUCCGGGUGCCGUACAGACCCUCCAGACGGUCUCCCUUUAGGUUUGUCUCAUACUUUGGUGCCUACGCAAUACCUACCAGGUUGAAACAUGACGGAUGGCCAGAUGAGUACUUGUAGCUGCUAAAAUUCAUCGUGCUUCUGUGACAGACAGACUGAUAUGUGCUUCAUAAGCCAACGCGUUUAUCAGUUGAUAGUAGGGUAUAUCUUCUGGAAAGAUUCACCGAACACGGCGAACGUCGUCGAUUGCUGCUCA